AUGGCGUUCGGCGGCUCCCCGGUGAAUCGUCUGGUGAACGAGCGCAGUCCGUAUCUUCUCCAACAUGCGCACAAUCCCGUAGCUUGGUUCUCAUGGGAGGACGAGGCUUUCGAAGCCGCCCGGAGGGACAACAAGCUGAUCUUCCUGAGUAUAGGCUACUCUACCUGUCAUUGGUGCCAUGUCAUGGAGCGUGAGAGUUUCGAAAACGAAGAAGUGGCGAAAAUCUUGAAUGAUCGCUAUGUCUCGAUCAAAGUCGAUCGCGAGGAGCGUCCUGAUAUCGACAAAAUUUAUAUGACGUACGUCCAAGUGACUUCGGGUCACAGUGGCUGGCCUCUCUCGGUGUGGCUGACGCCUGAACUGAAGCCGAUUUUCGGCGGCACCUAUUUUCCUCCCGAAGACAAUCAGUACGGUUUGGCUGGCUUCAAAACCAUCUUGCUGAUGCUCGACGACAAGUGGCAUUCGUCGAAGAACGAGAAGAUAAAAGCGGACUCCGAUCGCAUAACGGCAAUGCUGGCCAGAGCUUCGAACCUAAGAGAGAAUCUAGAGGCCGCGGAGAGUUUCCAGCCUUCACAAUGCAUAAAAGAUUGUUCGCUCAUUCUGCAGAAGCACCUGAUCGGCUUCGUCAAAGAGCCCCGCUUCCCACAGUGCGUCAACGGGAAUUUCUACAUGAAUUUAUUCCAUUUCCAAAACAAUAGAAUGGGUGUUGAUAUAGUCGAGAGGCAGCUCAAGGAAAUGGCCACGGGAGGCAUCCAUGAUCAUCUUGGGGGAGGAUUUCAUAGGUAUACUGUGGAUGCGGCAUGGCAGGUCCCACAUUUUGAAAAAAUGCUGUACGAUCAAGCCCAAAUUCUGGCGCUGUACUGUUCCUACUUGAGAAUGCCUGGAAUCAAACCAGAGAUCGCCAGCUUCUUCGGAGGUGUCGCUACGGGAAUCGCAGAUUACGUCAUGAGAGAUCUCUCUCACCCUCAAGGAGGAUUCUACAGCGCGGAGGACGCGGACAGCCUCGAGAGUUUCGAUUCAUCGGACCACAAGAAAGAAGGAGCCUUCUAUGUUUGGACCAUGGCUGAAAUCCAGAAAAUACUCUCGAAGAAAGAAGCCAAGGUUUUCUGCGAAUUCUUCGGUGUCGACGAGCAAGGAAACGUCGAUCCUCACCACGAUGCUCAAGGAGAACUCCUGAACCAGAACACACUGUUUUACCGCUAUCCUGAUUCAUAUGAUCAGAAUAUCAAUGACAUGGCAAAAGUCAUCGACCUCGAGGACGGGGACCCUCUCGACGAGAUCCUCGAGUCAGCGAAGCGGAAACUUCUACAACGACGGCUAGAAAGUCGUCCUCGACCUCACCUCGACAACAAAAUUGUCUCGGCCUGGAACGGACUGAUGAUCGCGGCGUUGGCUAAAGCGUCCGUAGUCCUGAAACGACCCGCGUAUGCGGAGCGGGCGUUGAAAGCCGUCGACUUCAUCCGGGCGAAUCUUUUUGAUCGCGAGAACCAGAGACUUUACCGCAGUGCCUACACCGAAGGCGAAGGGGACGCAGCGCGUGUGGAACAGCUCGAAAAACCUAUUCCUGGCGUGCUGGAAGACUACGCUUUCGUGAUAUCCGGUCUCCUGCAAUUAUAUGACGCUACGCUCGAUGAGCAGCUCCUACUCUUCGCGAAGAUUUUGCAGGAUAGUCAAAAUAGACAAUUUUGGGAUGAGACGAAUGGAGGUUAUUUUCUCUUUUCGGGAGGAGGAUCUAACAUAAUUUACGUACUCAAAGACGAUCACGAUGGAGCAGAACCGAGUGCUAACUCGGUGAGCAUCGCCAACUUGAUCCGGCUCUACCAUAUUUUCGAUCACGAACCAUAUCGCACAAAAGCAAACAAAACUGUUAAGCUCUUCGCUGAGCGAUUGUCCAAAGUCCCGAUCGCACUACCGGAGAUGGUCAGUUCUCUCAUGUAUCUUGUGGAGCCUCCAACGAAGAUCAUACUUUCCGCCGAAGACGAUGAAAUCUCCGAUUUCAAACGGGUUUGUGACGAAGAAGCUAGAGGUUUCAGUAUCGUUUUCGCGGCUCGAUCCGUCAGUGAACUCGGCUUCACUAAAGAACAGUAUCCUGCGGUCAAUGGUGAAGUCACCGCUUACGUUUGCAAGGAUCUAUCCUGCCUUCCCCCGAUCAAUGAUAUUGACGAUUUGAGGAGGGAGCUACAACGUUGAUCUUGCUCGAUAUCUAUCUUUUGUAAAUAGAAACAGGGGAGGCUCUAGCCCUACUUGUUCAUAGAACUUGAGAAAUACUCUCGCCUUGAUAUAGAAAUA